AUGUGUGUGGAAGGAGAUGAGGCUGCUGUCUUAUGUCGCAGUCUGGAGGAAUAUGUGCUGGCUUGUCAGCAGCAAGGAGUCAGCAUGGAUGGCUGGAGGCAACAGACAGACUGUGGUAUGUCAUGUCCUCCCAACAGCAAGUACAGCUCAUGCAUGUCUGCAUGUCCAGCAUCCUGCAACGACCUGACCAGCCCCUCUGAGUGUGAAUCACCCUGUGUUGAAGGCUGUGAAUGUCUCCCUGGUUAUGUUCUUAGUGGCUUUGACUGUGUGCCUUACAAACAGUGUGGCUGCACAUACCUUAACAAAUACUAUGAGAUUGGAGAAAUAUUCACCACUGAUGACUGCUCUCAGAAAUGCCAGUGCACAGAAAGCUCCACUGUUUUCUGCUUGGAUGAAGUGUGUGGGUCUGCAGAAAUCUGUGGCAUUUCAAACUACAGUCGUGGAUGCUACAGGAGUGGUCCAUGUAUGCCAAACCCUUGUAAGAAUGAUGGCAUUUGCUCUGAAACUUCCAACAGCACCUCCCUCCACUUUUGUGAAUGUUCAGAACUUUACACAGGACUAAACUGUGAGGCUGAAAAAAUAGCUGAAGACCCUGACAAGGAGGAUUCGGGCCACACCAUUGCCAUUGUCGUCGCAGUCGUGGCAGGAGUAGCUGUUAUUGUCAUUCUCAUCUCCUCUACAGUGUUGCUGCUCAGAAAGAAGAAAAAGGUGGAUACAGUUAUUAUAACAAGGGAUUCUUCUUUGAAAGGGUCCAGGGAUAAAUUGGAUGCCAGAGUACGUGAGCAAGAUUAUGGCUGCAUUGUGAACCGUGCAUUUGAUCAAAAUGAAUCCCCAAAUACACAACUAUAGUUAACAAUAUUAUUCCUAUUAAUUUCUCAUAAUUUUUACUCUGUAUUUUAAUCGUAUUUCUAAUACUUUGAGAAGAAAUAAUAAUAAAUUUAUCAUUGCAUUUGUUGAAAACCUUUGUAAUUGUUCAUUUAAAAUAGCUCUCAGAUCUCACAUCGUAGGCCCAAAAUGAAAUAUGUUCUAACUGACAGAAGAGACUCUGCUGU